AUGAAUAAGCUCGGUCACUCUUGCUCAUAUGAUUCACUUACUCGUCUUCACACAUAUAUCGCAAAAGAAGAAUCUACACUUUAUGACAUGCCGUCCCAUGCUCUCGAAAAUUGUUUUGCUGUAAAAGCGGUGGACAAUUUCGAUUAUUGUCCAGAAACAAUUCAUGGCAAGAACAGUAUUCACAUUGUUACACAAAUCAUCGUACAAAAUCCCACUAAUCUUCUCACUCUGUCAACAUCCACACCUAGUCAUAUUCGUCCAUUGAACAUAACCGCCUCAUUAACGCGCCGCCCACGUCAAAGAAAUAUUAAUGAUGAUGCACUACCCAGUUUAGCCACUUCGUCUAUCGAUACAAAUAACAAAAAAUCAACGACAACAACGAAUUUGUUUCAUCCAUAUAAACAAUUCGAGGAUAAGACGUUUGAUAUUAUCUAUUUUGUUAUUUGA